UAAAACUGUUUCAUAAACAGAAUCCAGAUCCUUUCAGCAGGACACGAGCUUCAGUUUAAAGCUUCUUAAAGGACUUAAAGCCUCUGCUGACGAACUGAAGGAGCAGAAAACCAGGCCAAGAGAGAAAAAGAGAACCUGUCAUGGCUUCCUCCAGCAGUCUCCUGUCUGAAGAUCAGCUCCAGUGCUCCAUCUGUCUGGAUGUGUUCACUGAUCCAGUUUCUACUUCAUGUGGACACAACUUCUGCAGGGUCUGUCUCAAAGAGUACUGGGACAGCAGUUCACGCUGCCAGUGUCCAGUCUGUAAGACUGAAUUCCCAACAAGACCUGAACUGUCUGUGAACACCUUCAUCUCUGGACUGGCUGCUCAGUUCAAGAAGUCAGUUCAGGUCAAAUCCAGCAGAGCUCCAGAGAAACGACCCUCCAAGCCUACAAAGGUUCUGUGUGAGUCCUGCAGUGAGGAGAAGCUGGAGGCUGUAAAGUCCUGUCUGGACUGUGGAGUCUCUUACUGUGAGACUCAUCUAGCACUUCAUAAAACCACACCUAAAUUUAAGAAGCACAAACUGAUGGACCCUGUGGAGAACCUGGAGGACUACAUCUGCCAGAAACAUGAAAGACCCCUGGAGCUGUUCUGUAGAGAUGAUCAGAUGUGUGUUUGUCAGUUCUGCACUGAAGGAGACCACAAGACUCACAGCACUGUCCCUAUAGAGGAGGAGAGUGGACAGAAGAAGACUCAGCUGGGAAAGACACAGGCUGAAGUUCAGCAGAUGAUCCAGGACCGACUGAAGAAGAUUGAGGAAAUCAGUCAGUCUGUAGAACUCAAUAAAAAAAGCUCAGAGAAGGAGAAGGCAGACCGUGUGGAGGUCUUCAGAGCUCUGCUGCGCUGCAUUGAGAGAAGCCAGGCGGAGCUGCUUGUGGUGAUGGAGGAGAAGCAGAAAGCAGCAGAGAGGCAGGCUGAAGAGUUCAUUAAAGAGCUGGAGCAGGAGAUCACUGAGCUAAAGAGGAGAGACACUGAGCUGGAGCAGCUCUCCCACACUGAGGACCACCUCCACCUCCUACAGGUUUACCCGUCCCUCUGCAGCCCUCCACACAAAAAGAACUGGACUGAAGUCAGGAUUAACUCUCAUCUGAGGGUGGAGACUCUGAGGAGAACUCUGACAAAGCUUCAGGAUGAGCUCAGUAAGGAGAUGGAGAAGAUUCCUGAGAUCACAGAACUGAAGAGAAUUCAACAAUACGCAGUGGACGUGACUCUGGAUCCUGAUUCAGCAAAUCCCUUCCUCAUCCUGUCUGAUGACGGGAAACAAGUGAGAGAUGGAGACAAACGACAGAAUCUCCCUGAUAAACCAGAGAGGUUUGAUUAUUGUCCCUGUGUGCUGGGAAAGAAGGGGUUCUCCUCAGGGAGCUUUUACUAUGAGGUUCAGGUCAGUGGGAAGACUAACUGGGAUUUAGGAGUGGUCACAGAGUCCAGUAACAGGAAGGGAGAGAUUAUAGCCUGUCCUGAAGAUGGAUACUGGAUUGUGAUUCUGAGGAAUAAGACCGAAUAUGAGGCUCUGGAUUUUCCUUCUGUCCGCCUCUCCCUGAAACAGGCUCCCCAGAAGGUGGGGGUGUUUGUGGAUUAUGAGGAGGGUCUGGUCUCCUUCUACAAUGUUGAGGCCAGGUCUCAUAUCUUCUCUUUCACUGGUCAGACUUUCACUGAGAAACUCUAUCCAUACUUCUGUCCCUGCAGCAAUAAUAGAGGCAAAAACUCAGCACCACUGAUCAUCACACCUGUUAAACUUAAAUGAAGGUCCUUUUUUCUCCCAUAAAACCUUUUUAUUAAAAAAAGCGAUCAAUUAAAAUGUAUUUCAGGGUGUAACUUGAGGGUGUUUUCAUUCUUCACUUAAUGAUGUGAUGAAUAUAUUUAUCAACUCUAAGUGAAAAAUUAAAGGACUAAUUUACUAAAGUUGGACGGGUUUUUUGGAAGCAAGAUGUACAACAUACGACGUUGCUUAUCACAGAUGUCAUUUUAAUCAAAUGAAAUAAUGACAAAGUUCAGAAAAUCAGCUUCAGUUGAGCCAUUAAUGAACCCUGUGGGAGUCACAGCUCUUUUAUAGAUAAAACUCACACAGAACUUUGGCCUCUCAGAGAAAUGGACCUCUUUUUUUAUUUGCUCUUUGUCUGUAAAUGCAUGGUUAUUUUAGUUUGGACCACAUUUCAGAAAUGCACUUCAAAUGCCAAUCAAACGUAAAUGAAAACUGGUUAAAAUGUUUCACUAAUAAACUGAAGAAGACAAACAAAACAAGGACAUCAUGUCUUUGGCACAAACACUGUUCACAUUGUUCAUGUUUAUUCAUGAUAUCAUGUUUAAACUACAGCAUAGGUUGUUAUACACAUCUUAUUAGGACGUUCUACAAAAUAUCUAUAAAAGACGAAUACAGAAACUCUUUCUGUGGAGUUUCCUCCCUGUUUCCAGUCUCCAGGUUCUUCCAGUCUUCUAGUUCUCCUGUUCUGCCGCAUCCUAAAGGUGCUCUAUCAGAUUCAGAUGUGGUGACUGGAGGUCACUGAAUUUCACUGAAGUUGUUAGUAUCAUAUUUAAGAAAUGUGUCUUGGACUUUACUAAAGUGAAGGUUAAAGUUAUGGAAAUGACCACAGGGGAAAGAGUGAUGCUUUACAUCAGUGACACUGUGUUUAUACAUUAAAAUCUCAAAUAGUUUCUCUUUGGAAUUUAUUUAAAUGUGACAAAAUAUAUUUGGGUAGCUCUCAAAAUACCUUUGGCUGUAGAGCCUGCUUAUGGGAAACGCUGUCUGUCCAGUUUGUAGCGUCUAUCCCUGGAAACUAUGCUUUAAAAAGUUUGAUUUGAAUUCUUUGUUUUUUAUGUCACAAAAAAAUCAGUGCUUUUACAUAUUUUUGGGUAUUUUGCCUGCAGCAGUUUAGCCCCACCCUUUCACCUUAUAAGGAGUGUUUGAGCCUUGACUGCUGUUUAAAUGAAGCAUAAUAGAGGACAGCCAAUAAGAGCAGAGCUGAUUUACAUAUCAGUGUUAAAGGUUUUAAACAAGCAGUUAUUUUAACCCCUUAAAAUCCUUCUGUGUGUGUGUGUUCUGUUGAGGGCCUCUUUCGCCCCUUCCUUCAAGAGGAAGGAAGCUAAUGUAUAGAAUAACAUGUUACGGUUAGGAGAACAGUGUUUGCCGGGGGUUUCUGAUUGUGUUGAAAUAAGUUUUUCCAGAUGUUUCCUUGUGGGAUGUAUGGAUGUGUGUUUUUGCGGUCAUUCACCAUAUAUAAACCAGAGCCAACCCGGACGCAGGGAGGAGAUCCCACAUUGGCCUUCAGGACUCUCACAGGGCUUUAGCGCUAUCUUAUUAAUUUGAAAUAAAGUUGUUCAUGUUUAAAUCCA